AAUUCCACAGGUUGGUUGAAGCUUUAUAUUAGGUCGACCAACAACUUUUUCCAAGGUAGUUAAUCAUGACUACUGUGGAAUAAAAAAAGGGAUCGAAGGAAGGAAGGAAGGAAGGAAGGAAUUUCGUCUAAAGUCUCUGCAACGACUUUGGUGUUAUUUCUCUGCAUCUUCACGAUGAAGACAGGCUUAUAUAGUUUCGUGUAUUGCUUAUCUAAAUUCCAGAAGUUGAGCAAACAUAAACAAAAAAAAUAAAAUCAAAGAUCAUCCGUCUUGCUCUGUAUCGAUAGUUGCAUAAUAGUUGUUUUCUUUUGUUCAUUUUUAGUUUGAUUAUUGUUGUGAUUCUUGAGAAAACAUAGCUCUGCUAGUCUUUCCUGUGGAUAUAUGGAAUUUUUACUAGUCAUAUAAGGAAGAAACCUCUGUUGCUGUGUGCUUGUACGGUUUGUUCUGUAAAAUUAUUCCAAGGUAGUUAAUCAUUUGUGUGUGACAUUUAGAUUUGCUUUUUUUGGGUUAUAUAUGGAGUGCGGAGGUGGAAUAUUAUCGUCUUUCUUUAACACUAGAUGCAGACGAGAGGAAGCAGAAAGAUACGAGUCAUUCUUGGAAAAUGGGAGCAAGGUACUGGAGGAGUUCAUCACUAAAUGGAAUGGCCAAUGUAGCAUUCCUAUCCGUAAUUUCUCUGCUGGAGAGCUAAUUAGGUCGACCAACAACUUUGACUGUCAGCAUUGGAUUGAUCAAGAUGCUUUCUACAAUUUGUACAGAGGCUCUUUCGGAGAACGCCCAAUAUUGGUUAAGCAGUAUUAUAACCAUAUUCCUGACUUUCCUACCACAGCCUUUACUGUCCGUGGCAUUGCUGUCCGUGACAUAGUGAUUACCUCACAGAUGAGUAGUCAAAAGAUUGUUGUGAAGCUCAUAGGUUGCUGCUUGGAAUUCCAAUACCCAGUUCUGGUUUAUGAAGGUCUAAGAAGUAGUGAACAACUUCUCUCUCGGUCCUUGUACAAAAGGGAAGGAGACAUGGCGAAUCAUAACGAUGGAUCAUCAUUAUCAUUGAAAACUAGGGUUAGGAUUGCAAAUGAUAUCACGUAUGCUUUCGUGUACCUCCACACUGCAUUUCCUACAUCCAUCAUUCAUAGGAGUCUAAAAUCAAAUAAUGUGAUCAUAGACCGGUGUGGUGGUGCUGCUAAAUUGUUAGAUUUCUCAUUCUCUAUAGCGAUUCCUCCUGAAGAAUCACAUGUGGAGGAUUCAGUAAUCGGGACAUCAGGUUUUAUGGAGCCUGAAUAUUGUCUCAGAGGGAUUCUUACUGUGAAGACUAAUGUUUACGAUUUUGGCAUGAUUCUCGUUGAACUUCUGACUGGACAGAGAAUUGGGGCCUUGCACAGGCAAUAUGAGAGCUUGCACAUGCAAUAUGAGAGCUUACAAGAUUAUUUACACAAUGGUGGGCUGAAUGAAAUGUUGGAUGCUAAAAUCCGAGGGGAAGGUGGAGGAGUUGUGCAAGAGCAACAAUUGCAAGCUCUAGUAGAACUUGCCAUGCAAUGUCUUCAGAAAGAAAGAGAAGAUAGGCCAGAAAUGAUCGAUGUGGCCAAAGAAGUUAAACGAAUUCAGAGGCUUGUUCAAACCCCAAUCAGCUCAACCAUAAAUCCAUUAUAAGAUGGUGACUUUGUGCUCCACACAGAUGCACCAAUUUGCGUUGUUAGUUCUUGUUGUAGUUGUUUUUAAUGCUUUGGGAUCCUUUGUACUCUAUCCCUGAUGACCAUGUUUCAAUUUUAUCGAUGUCUUGUAACUGGUUCUGCAUUAUUCAAUUCCAGAGUGUUUUCUUCUGUGCAGCCCUUUGUUUCGUUUUAUUCCACUUGCAGGUUCGGUAAACCCAGUCCAGAUAGAUAGAUAGAUAUUGAUUUGGAAUCAACAGCUAGAUACAUACAUACCGAUAUUCAUUAAUUUCCUUGGAGCCUCGUGUAAUCGUGUGGCUUUUGAGAGCUGUUAGGGUAUUGCCCAGGUUCGAUGCAAA